AAGGAGAUAGUUUGUCCAGCGCCGAUAGCAGUAUUGUUUGGGCUAUCGAACGGGAUUGAGUUCUGAAUUAGAAGAAAGUGAAAAGGGAAGUGUGUAACUAGUUUUUUUUGUGGCUAUCCAUUCUACCGUUGAAUUCGAUAAUUUAGGAUACUAAAAGAUGAAUCAUCGCCGAUAAAUAGUAGCUUCCACACGGACGUUCUUUGUUGGCCAUUCAACGGUUGGAGGUCAAGUUCUAAGGUCGCGUUGCAACCGGUGCGUCAGUGAAGUGGAGCGGAGGGUUCGACCAGAAGAGCCAUGCUGUUGAAGGACUGCUUCCGGCGUCCUUCGGAGGAAAUAGUGCGGAGAAAGCAGCUCGAAAAAAGACUAACGCAGAUCAAUCAGAAGUUUGCCAACUCGGUGAAGAUUUUGCUCCUGGGCGCUGGCGAAUCCGGAAAGACUACCAUCAUCAAGCAGAUGAAAAUAUUGCACGUGCAGAAUGGAUUCAGCUUCGACGAACGUUUGGAUAAGCUGCAUGAUAUAAUCGAAAACAUUCACGAAUCAAUCUUUGAACUGAUUCGUCAAGUAGUUUUAAUGAAUCUGCCAUUUGACUCGAAAGAAAACUGCCGAUGUGCUGAGGAAAUUUUGAAAAUGGGAAAACAAGCGCCAUGGUUCUUGAGCAUGGAGUACGUUCAACAAGUUCGUACGGUGUGGGCCGAUAGCGCGGUGAAGACCUGUUACAAGCGUUCGAACGAAUUUCAACUGAUUGAUAGUGCAAAAUACUUCUUGGACAGAAUCGAGAAAAUCUCAAUGCCAGGUUACAUUCCAUCGAACUUGGACAUCCUCAACUGUCGGAAAACAACGACCGGGAUACAGGAAGUAAGCUUCCACGUAAAAUUGCCCAAAUCGCUUGGCGGGGGCUCUCAAGAGUUCAGGAUGUUCGACGUCGGUGGUCAGCGUAGUCAUCGAACCAAGUGGAUGCAGGUGUUCGAAGGCAUCGAGGCAGUGCUGUUCAUGAUCGCGUGCGGCAGCUUUGAUCAAACGUUACGCGAAGAUCCCAAACAGAACCGGUUGGUGGAGGCGUUCGAGCUGUUUCGGGGCGUGUGGCACAAUCGGUUCCUGGCGGAGACCGGGUUGAUUGUGUUCCUCAACAAGCAGGACAUUUUGGAGCAGAAAAUUCUGUCCGGAAAGUCGAUAAAGGACUACUUUCCUGAAUACGAGGAGUAUGUAUUGGCGGCUGAUAGUGACAAUUUGUGCGACGAACUAACGCGAACGAGAAGCUUUAUCAAGUCAAAACUGGUGGACAUUACAAAUGAAACGCCUCGAAGGACAUCGCUCCUGGCGCAGAGGAAGCGGACCUGCUAUUACCACUUCACCGUAGCAACGGACACCAACAAUGUGCGAAUGGUGUUCAAUGAUGUACACAACAUAAUACUAGCGCGAAACCUCCACAAUGUAGGCAUUUUGUGAUAAAAUUAUUCGAAUUUUUAUUUAUUAUGAAUUAGAAAAAAAAUAUUUUAAAGUAACUUCCGUUUCCGUUU